UGGUGUUGUAACGUCAUUUACGUGUCUUCGUAUGCCAAGAAUUUACUGAAAAGGAAUUCUUAUAACGAUUUUGUGUCCAACAUGCCGUGACCGUGUUGAAUUUUCGGAAAUACGAAGACGACAGAAAAUAGACUAAAAAUGGGUUGCUAUAUUCCAUUUACUAUAUUAAGCAAUAACUGAUGUUAAUUAUUUUAUUUUCAGUAUGAUUAGAGUUUGGAAAACAGAACUUCGACAUUAUUUUUUAUCACAUGUUAAAAACAAGUGCACUCAUCAUCGUAUGCGACGCUUUAGUUGUGUGUAGUGGCUUGUAGUCUGUGAUUUCAUGGCAGUGUACUGCGAAGCUAGAGUACUUUUUAUUUGUUAUCAACAUCUGUAGUGGUAGCAGUGUUUGGCUGGUGAAAAUGUCGACUGUUUUGUAUCUCCAAGUGAAGUUUUCGUGAUCUAACAAUACAGAAUCAUACUUGUAAAAGUAAAGUUUCUGGUUCCUCCCUUUCCCUAACGCUUUCUCAAGGGAAUAAUAAUUUACCGAAUCAAUCAAAUGAGAAAGGAUCACGUUAAUGGUUUCAGAAACAGCCAUAAUAUGUGGGUUUGUUUGGUACCGAAAACGUAGUCUGCAUUGUAACCUCAAAACUUAACCUAACCAGGAAGAUUUCGGUCUCAGUGUUCGUGAGCAAGUUAUUUUUGUAGAUUUUUAAAAGUUACAGAUACAACAGUUCAGUAUGGAUUCAGUCAAAGAGGAAUUACAUUCAGACAGUGAGGGCUGCCCCAUGGUCUUACCUUCUGAAGAAAUUUCCUUUGUUAUGAAACAUGAAUUGCUCCUUGACCCUGAAGCAGUCCCUCUAACAGAUAACACAAAUAUGGAUGACACAUGGAAUUCUGAUAUCGUCAAACAGGAAACGGAAGAUGAAUUAGCUGCAGAGAAAAAUGAAGUAAUUAUGGGCAAUGAAGUGCAGUUGACAUGUCAUCAAGAAGAGUUUGUUUUAGGCGGUUCACUGCCCAGAGAAUUUCGCAUUGGUGACGUAAGUCCAGUAGAUUGUAGUGGAAGGGCUGAUUUUAUUCACAUGAGUAAAAAAUCAUAUAAAUGUGAGUUGUGUACUAAGGAGUUUAAGAAAAUAGGGUGCUUUGUGCGCCACAAAGCUACUCACACUAUCGAAGAAUCAUAUGUCUGUGACUUUUGUAAUAGAAGGUUUUCCAGAAAGGCAUAUCUCAAAGCACAUAUUCGAACUCAUACUGGAGAAAAGCCCUAUGGGUGUUUGAAAUGCAGUAAGAUUUUCUCAACUAGUUCUGCACUUAGUAGGCACACACAUACACAUCUUUACUCUCAUGCUGAAGAAAAGUCCUACAAGUGUGAGGUGUGCAGUAAAAUUUUUACAACUAGUUCUGCACUUUAUGGCCACACCCGAAUACAUUCAAUAUGGAGUAUUCAAAGUUGAACUAUUUUUUUUUUAGAAUUUUAUAUAUAUUGUACACAGUUAAUGAAUGACAAAGUAUUUACGUAUAUUUGUACUAGGUGGUCAAAAGCUAUUUAUGUGAUUGAACAGGAUUGAAUUGAAGUCCUUAUAGUAAUAAACCCUGUAACCCAUGUGCAAACUUAUUACAGUUUCAAAAUGAAUAUAUUAUUUUCUUCA